CGCAAAUCUAGUCUGUUUGUGUUUUGACUGUUUUUUGCAGAGAGCUUCAGAGCACCACGAAGUGUAUACACAAGGAGACUGUCAGCGUUCAGCUCCUCGAAUAUCAAACCAAAAGGACAAAAUGGCCUCGGACUCUCCGCGCAGACCGAGUCGUUGUGCUGGAGGGGUUUUGGUGCGAGCACAAGCUGCUACGGAGCAGUCUUACAUGGAGAGUGUUGUGACCUUUCUGCAGGAUGUAGUACCUCAGGCAUAUACUGGGGCUCCACCCACUGAUGAGAAAGAGAAAAUCAUUUGGGUUCGAUUUGAGAAAGCUGACAUUAAUGACACUGCACGCAACCCAGAGUUUAUGGAGAUGCACAGUGGCACUACUGACCCUCCACUCUGCCUCAUGAUUGGGUAUACUGAUGGAAUGCAGAUCUGGAGCGUAUCUCUGGCAGGAGAAGCUCAAGAGCUUUUCUCAGUGCGACACGGUCCAGUGCGAGCUGCUCGCAUUCUGCCAGCUCCUCAUAACAGUCCUGUAAAGCUGGACAGUUUUGCUGACAAGAGGCCCCUCCUUGGGGUCUGCAAGAGCACGGGGUCCUCUGGGACGAGCCCCCCCUACUGCUGCGCUGACCUGUAUUCGCUAAGGACGGGGGAAAUGGUUAAAUCAAUUCAGUUCAAGACGCCUAUCUAUGACCUCCACUGCAACAAACAUAUUCUUGUUGUGAGCCUACAAGAGAAGAUUGCAGCAUUUGACAGCUGCACAUUCACCAAGAAGUUCUUUGUUACAAGCUGCUAUCCCUGCCCCGGCCCCAGCCUCAAUCCAAUAGCUCUGGGAAGCCGUUGGCUAGCCUAUGCUGAGAACAAGUUGAUAAGAUGUCACCAGUCUCGUGGAGGAGCCUGUGGUGACAAUGCACAGUCUUAUACCGCCACAGUGAUCAACGCUGCCAAAACUUUAAAAACAGGUCUGACGAUGGUCGGUAAAGUUGUGACCCAGCUAGCAGGCACCAUACCGGCAAGCACUCCGGACGAGGAGGGCACAUCUCACAGUGCAAGCCGUCGCAGCCCACACAACCCCGGUGUGGUCACCAUUAUUGACACACACAGUGUUGGAGAAGGACAGGUCUUGGUGAGUGAGGACUCGGACGGUGAAGGAGUGGUGGCUCACUUCCCAGCUCACGACAAACCUAUAUCCUGCAUGCAAUUCAACCCCAGUGGAAUGCUGCUGGUAACUGCCGACACCCUGGGACAUGACUUUCACGUCUUCCAGAUCCUCACCCACCCGUGGGCAUCUUCGCAGAGUGCCGUUCACCAUCUCUAUACGCUGCAUCGUGGGGAGACUGAAGCCAAGGUACAGGACAUGUGUUUCAGCCAGGACAGUCGCUGGGUAGCCGUCAGCACCCUCCGUGGCACCACACAUGUAUUUCCCAUCAACCCCUACGGCGGUGCACCGUGUGCCCGGACUCACAUGUCCCCACGCGUGGUAAACCGGAUGUCGCGCUUUCAAAAGAGCGCUGGAUUGGAGGAGAUUGAACAGGAGCUGAACAGGGUAGCUGCUUUAGGAGGAGGAGCAGGAGCUGGAAGUCUUGCAGGAAGUGGCUGCAUCUUAGGUGGAGGAGGCAUCGGUGGGCGCUGUAGCCCCAUACCUGGCCUGUCCAGUAGCCCCUCAGGGUCUCCAUUACAUGCCAAACUGAGCAGCCAGGAUUCGUACAACAAUUUCACCAAUAACAACAUGGGGAACCCGCGGCUCAUCCCAUUGCCCAGCCUCACUGUGGUGCUGCCUUUGGCUCAGAUCAAACAGCCCAUGACCCUGGGCACCAUCACCAAGCGCACAGGACCCUACCUCUUUGGGGCGGGAUGUUUUGCCAUUAAAACUCCAUGCAAAUCUAAGCCACCCCCCCAGAUCUCACCGAGCAAGUCCAGCGGAGGAGAGUUCUGCGUGGCGGCCAUCUUCGCGUCACCUCGCUCCUGGUUCAUCACUAAUCCCAACAUAAAAAGAGAGAAAGAUCAGUCCAGGCAGUCGGUUGUGGACUCGCUGUACAUAGUCAGUUGCUAUGGUAACUUGGUGGAGCACGUCUUGGAACCUCGGCCAUUAAGCACGGCACAAAAGAUAAGCGACGAUACACCGUUAGAACUCAACACCUGUCCAAGGGCCUGCUGGACUCUAGCCAGGACUCCACAGUGGAAUGAGCUGCAGCCACCUUUCAACUCCAAUCAUCCUUUGGUGUUGGCCUCAGAUCUAGUGCAGUACUAUCAAUAUCUCCUGGCUGCUGUACCCCCAGGAAGCCCCGGCCCAAUCACACGUCACGAGUCAUCCGACAGUCUGGCAUCAGACCACAGUGGCCAGGAGGAUGAGGAGUGGCUCUCUCAGGUGGAGAUUGUGACUCAUACAGGCCCCCAUCGGCGCCUGUGGAUGGGCCCCCAGUUUCAGUUUAAGACAAUUCAUCCUUCAGGCCAGACCACAGUCAUCUCCUCUUCAUCCUCGGUGCUUCAGUCCCAGGGCCCCAGCGAUGUUCAGCAGCCCCUUUUGGACUUUGACACAGACGACCUGGACCUCCACAGCCUCAGGAUCCAGCCAGUACGUUCAGAGCCUGUCAGCAUGCCCGGCUCAUCGCGGUUGGUGGCUGAUCGUCGUGGCCAGUCCAACAUCAUGGAUGCAGGAUCAGGGCCAUUUGAUGGACGUGGCGUAACCCUGCUGGAGGUAUGCGGGAGCUGGCCAGAGAGCUUUGGCGUGCCACGGCACAAUGUUGGCUCAGCAGAUGCGAGCGACGAAGGCCUGCGAGAGAGACUGGCUGACGCCAUGUCCGAGUCCCCCUCUAGGGAUAUCGUAGGCUCCGCCACAGAGCUGCAGAGGGAGGGAAGCAUUGAGACCCUCAGCAACAGCUCAGGUUCCACCAGCGGCAGCAUCCCACGCAACUUCGAGGGCUACCGCUCGCCGCUGCCCACCAACGAGAGCCAGCCGCUCAGCCUCUUCCCCACCAACUUCCCCUAGGACUCCUCGUCGCUGGCAUCCGUCCCACCCGACCCCCUGCUCUGCCUGCCCGUCCACCAUCGUACACUCAUGCACCGAUGCGGUGUAUUGAGUCCAAAUCAAAAGAUUUGUGUUUCUAUGGUCAGCAUGUGUUUUUUUUGCUGUUUGUUUGUUUAGUUUCUUCUCGUCUCAGACAGCUGCUCACCAAUCAGCUGCGGCCGCCACUGGUCAUUCAUUUCUGGGGUUGAAUUUUCAAGCUGCUGAAAAUUGUGCCAAUUUCCACUCAUUUCAAAUCUGAUCAUUUUAAUUCCCAAAUCAUUCCAAAAACACAACCGAUUUGCUGUUUACCCUCGAAUUGUGCUCACGUCUGGGUGGAAACACCUGGACUCGUUUAUUGCAGACUUUUGGAAACUCGUUCAUUUAAAGGGUAGCAGCUGCUUAGAAGUAAGCUAAAUAAAGAACAGAUAAAAUACAGUUUAAUAUUUUGAUAUGUCUGCUGUCAGGGAGAAACGUCCAAUAUUUUCAAUAUUAGAGCGUAACCCUGCUCGUUACCUUGUUGCUGCUCGCUCAGCUGCCGUCGUUCUCAGUGUGUGCUUUUGAAGGUUAGGUGUGCCCAUUGUCUGAAUGAAGCGUAUGAAACGGGAGUGCUGACAGAGGAAAAAAAGGAAAAUGUUUAUUCCAGGCAGCAACGUGCGGGAGCUCCUUCUCCCCCUGUAAGAGCGUGUUGCUGCUGUCAUGGCCUCCCGCUCAGUGUUUUAGAUUAAAUUUGUUCCUUUCAUGCCUUUGAUUUUCAUGUAAUCACAUUUGACAAAGGGUGCAGUAACAAGAUGACACUAUUACUGCUUUGCUGGAGUAAUUUAGAUGUUUACAGUGUAAUCGAGAUAUGUUUCUGAAAUCAUUUGGAUAUAUUCCCCACUCCGCCUUUCCAGAUAGUAAAUUUUAAUUGAGCGCAGUAAUGGAGGCUUGUGUAGUCGUCACGCCGAAUUUUGUACAUUAACAACUUUUGACCAAAAUCUUUUUCCUAUUCAAGAUCUUUCAAAUCUAUAUUUUCCUGUUUUUCUUUGCCUGCAGAAAUAAAGAGUUUGUCUGACAGUUUGUCCAAAGUGAAAAUAGCUGCACUGUUAACGUCUCCCAAGAAAAUGCUCGAAAUGUAAUUUGCAGUGCUACGUGUGGACUGCCUGCAUGUCCGAUGUGCUUUCUCAAACACUGAAUGGACAGUAAAAAAAAGAAAAACAUCAUUAUUAUUCUUGUUGUUGGAUUUGUGAAACAUUGACUUCUUUCCCUGCAUUCAUGCAAGAACAAAAAACAAAGUGAAGAAAAUGAAACUGUCUUUUGUCCUCACUCUGAUUGCUCCUAAUGUUCCCAUUUCAACCACGGCGGUGACCAUCAGCACACAGUACCACUGCUAAUUAGUGCCAUAUUUUUUAACAGGCAGUAAAGGGUGGUUAAAGGACGUUUUAUGGGCAACUCGUGCUCUUUGUUCUGAGAGAAGUGAGAGGGCAUGUUUGUUUCUCUGUUAAUCAGCAAAACUUCUAAUUCUAAAAACAAAACUGAUGACAGUUAAACUGAAUGACAUUAGAUUAACAGUGUGUGCUUUAUGUGCUACGGUUGAUCUCAUUCUUAACACUGAGAGCUGCAGUGGAACCUUCCCAGCCCUGAAGAGAAAAGACGCGUAACCAUCAACAGCUCGUGUCGUACGCUCAUGUAUAUUUCAAAAGGAAAAUGGCUACGGCACGAGUUCGUGAACAGACUGAAUGGAUAAAUGUGAACCUUUGCAAAGUGUGUUUGUUUAGGCUGAUGUACGAGAUUCCGUUAUGAAUAAAGGAAAAAUAAACUCCAGCUGGGAGGAUGUGCCACUUCACCAGAGGAACUUCAGCAUUAUGCAACAUAAACAGAAAGGACACAGCAGUUUGCAAAUAAAAGUCACUUUAUUUUAUCAUGUUUUUGCAAACACUUUACAUUAUUAAAUAUCUUCAGAGGUGCACAAGUUAAUACAGAGGACGUCUCCGUCACCACCACAGACACAUUUGAAAUGUAACAAAAGUUCCACACGCACCAAAAUCCCUAAAAAUGUUUUAAAUGUAUACAAUUAUUGAUUUCUAACAAGUGGGCAGUGACGUGGGAGUACACGGAAAGAAAUUCUGAAUCACUGAACUUGAGCAGCACUGUUUACAUGAACUCAGAGGAACAUGUGUGCUGUUACUGAGCUCCUAAAUCUGCUCCCUGAUUUCAGUCAGUGAAGAUGACACAGUUGGCUCCCUGACAUAUAAACUGCUCAGACUUUGAAAUUUCUUGAUUCUGACCAGAGCUCCUGCUUGGAAAUGUGUGAUUAGAGAACAAAACUUGUGAAUAUUCAGCAGGACUGUGACAGUAUUAACUAAUUGGGUCAGCAGCCGGCAGUAGAAUAUAAGAAGAGUCCUGCAGGUUUUUGGUGAGAUCAGUGUGCAGC